AUGGCGUCUUCCAUCAUGGCGGCGCCCUCCAAGGUUGCAGACGACCAGUCCGUCAGCCCCGAACCCUUUCAGCGGGCGCUGAGUCUGUACCGUCGUAGACGCUUCGCGGAAUGCGCUGACGCCUGUCAGUUGUUGCCGCAUAUUCCGCAGGCCCAUUGGCUUCAGCUCCGAGCCCUGACUCAGCAGGCAUGGCUGGAUGAGCUCGAGCUCGACGAUGAACCCUUGGCGCAGACCCUGCUGGAUGACCAUGCCCUGGCGCAGACGGCACGUCCGGGCACGUCCCUGAGGGCUCCUGGACCUACGGCGAGCGCGAGGCCCCUGACCAGAGAGGGCCGUCCGGUGACCGGGGUGCGGCGAAGACCACAGUCCAGGGCCACCACGAGUGGCGCAGGAAUUGAGAGGGUGCUGCGUACCGCGGCCGGUGGGGCUCGAACGGCUAGAGUGCCGUCUACGGCACGUCCCGCGAGUUCUGCCGGCCCCUUGCUCGACCUGGGCCGUCUGGCCCGCGACGCCGGCAGCUGGGCGUCCCAGCCGGCCUGCGUGUCCAAGCCGCUGUUCCGCUACCUGUACCACGAGCGGGGGGACGUCCGCCAAGCCCUGGACCUGGCGUCGCAGCGGAGGGGCCCCGACUGUUGCGGAUGGUGGGCGCUGCAGCGGGGACGCUGCUUCCUCAGGUUGGGCAUGCCCAGGGACGCCGAGCAGCAGUUCCGCACCGCCAGUGAGGCCGGGGAUCCCAUGCCAAGGGCGCACCUCUGGUUGGCAAAGCUUCAGCUGCAGCUCGACCAGCCCCUGGCAGCUCUAGAGACCUACCGACGUGCCCUCGACAAGUUCCCGGACGAAGCCGCCGUCAUUGCACCCAUGGCCCGGGUGUACGAGGGUCUGCACGACCUGCAGCGGUCAGCCAAGCUCUACAAGGACCUUCUGGUCCAGGACGCCGUUCAUGUGGAGGCCAUCGCGUGUGUGGCCACGCACCAUUUCUACGCUGACCAGCCCGAACUGGCUCUACGAUUCUACAGGCGCCUGCUCCAGCUGGGCGUUCCCACGGCCGAGCUGUACAACAACCUGGCGCUGUGCUGCUUCUACGCCCAGCAGUACGACGUGGCCCUCACGUGCUUCGAGCGGGCGCUAAGCCUGGCCGGAGACCAGCUCCUCGCAGACAUCUGGUACAAUCUCGGACACGUGGCGCUGAGCGCAGGAGACAAGACUUUGGCAGCUCGCUGUUUUCGGCUCUCUCUGGUGCACAACAAUGACCAUGCGGAGUCGUACAACAACCUCGGCGUCAUCGAGGUAGCCCUGGGCAACACGGACAAGGCCAAGGCACACUUUAUCACGGCUGGGGAGCUGGCACCUGAACUCUACGAGCCGCACUACAACCAAGCCUUGCUCCUCGAAGAGGCAGGAGACCUCCAGGGCUGUGCUCGUGCGGCCAGCCAGUGCAGCCAGCACGCAGCGGGCAAGGCUCUGCUGUCCCGGGUUCAAGCUCUGUUCCGUGCCCCGUGACCACACGCAAGGCUUUCCUGGUCGCCGCCCCUUUUUUUUUUAUUUGGGCAAAUAAAUUACCUGCGUUCCAUGCAAA